AUGUUAUUUUGCAAACGAAGGCCUCAACGUAUGCCUUGUGUUAGGAUUGGUAGCGUGAAUAUCCAGGUAGAAGAAUCUAUGAAAUAUCUUGGUGUCCUAAUUGAUCGUACCUGGAGCUUUAGGGAGCAUGUUAAGUAUAUUGAAUGUAAGUCUGCAAAGGUUACGCGAUCUUUAAGCAGAUUAAUGCCUAAUUUGCGAGGUCCAGGCGAACGCAAACGCCAAUUGUACGCCACAAUAGUUACAUCCGUAAUCAUGUAUGCGGUCCCUGUUUGGGGUAGGGAACUUUCUUCUUUCCCAGCUAAAGCAUUGAGUACUUUGCGCCGUAUACAGAGGACAGUGGCAAUAAGAGUUACGGCUGCCUACCGAACCGUGUCUUUUGAUGCCUGUACACUGCUGGCAAGAAUGCCUCCUUGGUCACUGGAGGCUUCUUUUAGGUGUCGAGUAUUUGAAAGGAUCCAAGACCUAAAGCGCUCGGGCGAAUAUACUCAACAAACGGACAAGAAAAUUCGUGACGAAGAAGCUAAUACGCUUCUCAGGCAAUGGGAUACCCUCUUAGGAAACCCUAAUAACUGGGGUAACUAUACAACAUCAGCGGUAAGGUUACACUUAAAUAAGUGGAUGAGCCGUGGGCAUGGAGAGCUUAACUACUUUAGUACUCAAAUUUUAACAGGACAUGGCAGUUUUGGCCACUUUUUAUAUAGGAUACGCAAGAAGGACUUUACUGUAUGCACUGUGCUCACGGAGAUGACACUGCCGAGCACACAAUGA